AUGCGGUCCCCUCUGUCCUUCAUCCUGGCGGCUGCUCCAAAUGUGGCCGCCUUCCCUCGAUUCGGAGGCGCCUCUGGCCUCUCGACCUCUUCCGUGCAGCAGGCGAGGUAUAAGGAUCACGACACCAGCACGCUGCACCCGAAGCAUUUCGUCUACCAGGCCCCUCAACUAGGCGAUUCCCGCGGUCCAUGUCCCAUCAUGAACACCAUGGCCAACCACGACUUCGUUCCGCACAACGGGCGCAACAUCAGCCGCGAACCCUUCAUCACGGCGUGCAUGCAGGGCCUCGGUCUCUCGCACGACUUCGCGGCCCAGAUCUUUGAGACGGCCCUCGCUGACAUUGCGACUGCGAACCCGCGGCUGAAUUCCACAACCUUCGACAUCUGGAUGCUCCACAACACCCACGGCAUCGUCGAGCACGACGGCAGCCUCGCGCGACAAGACAUCUUCUUCGACCCCUCCUCCCAAUUCGACCCGGCCACCUUCGCCAACCUCCUCUCCUACCUCGGCCCCUCCCCCGGCAUCGACCUCCCCGGCCUCGCCCACGCCCGCGCCCGCCACGCCUGGCACAUGAGCGCCGCCAACCCGCGCUUCAGCAUCGCGCCCGCCGCCGUGCCCGUCAUCGUCGGCGAGAACGCCAUGCUCCUCGGCAUCUUCGGCAAGGGCAACGCCACCAGCCCCGUCGUGGACCGCGCCCACUUUGAGUUCUUCUUUCGCAGAGAAGAAUUCCCCGUCCGCCUCGGCUGGACUCCCAACAGGGGCGUCGGACCCGAGAUUAGCGCCAUCGUGCAGAGCAUGAUCGCGCAGAGCCCGGCUGGCGUCCCCUUGACGUUCUCGCCUGCUGCUGCUGCUGCUGCUGCUGCUGCUUAG